AUGGGUGAAAAACCGUUAACAGACGCAGAAAGAAAGAGACAAAUCUCUCUUCGAAGGCUCCCAGUCGUCGAAGGUGUUAGCAGUCUUAAAGAAUCCUUCAAUCGGCAUCUGCACUUUACGCUUGUGAAGGAUCGAAAUGUGGCGACCAAACGAGAUUAUUAUACGUCCCUGGCUCACACAGUAAAGGAUUACUUAGUCGGAAAGUGGAUAAGAUCACAGCAGUCAUANGAGCACGGUGGUUUGUGAGCUAGGAGAGCGACAAAAACGUCACUUAAAAAGUGAAUUUGCGUAAUCCAUCUCAAUUAAUUUGUCAAAUGUUGGCAAUUUUUUUGCAACUUGAAUUCUAAAGGUCUGUAUCGAAGUUCAGGAAGAGAAAAGCAAAGUCGUUGUCUUGUGUUCCCGUCGUCGACAAAUCGUGAAAUUAGGUAUUUUCACGUCGUAGUCGUGCAGUGACUGCAAAGAAAUGUACAAAAAAGCGUGAUGAACGUACACUGAAGUUGUUGUUUUGCCAAUCUAAACCUAUUGUUUUUUUGCCGUUAUCGAUGACGUCGCCGUCGUUGUUAUGUUUCCUCUCAAACACAAGAAGCUUAAGACCCUGUUUACAUGGAGUGGGGGACCCCGGUCUAGUGGGGUAAGUUUCUUUUGUUUUGUGUGAAAACAAAAGAAACCAACCCCACUUGACCGUGGUCCCCCACUCCAUGUAAACAGGCCCUUAGUUUUGUAUUCUGAACUCAGAGGGAUGUCAAGACGGGUAUAGUAAUUUGUAUGCUCGCCGCACUCAUUAAAUUAGUUGCAUUAGUUGCAAGUACUGCAAAGGAUUUAUCCGUGAUAAUAGCUUGAUCAUUUCAGAAAAUACCAAACAAAAGUAAGUCCACUGCAUCAAUGGUUAAAACGAGAGCUGGUGUACAGCGUCAGCCGAUUGAUCGACUUUAUGCUCUACAAUCCAGUAAAACCUUUAUUCGGAAUGAUUAUUGUCUGCUGAGACUGGGUUUUGAAGGCUUUUGUUUAUUUUUUCUUUCUUUGCGCUUUUUGCUUUAUUCAUGAGCUACUGGAAAGACGGUUCUUUGAACUCACUCAUUCUCAUUCAAUUCACCUGUUUUUUCAAGUUUCAUCAUUCUGAUAUCAGGCCCAAUCCCCCGUUGUAACUAGAAGAACCCAUAAAGACUGUAAAACUCACUGAUGACGUAAAACAAAGAAGUAAACACUAUAAGAACCAAGAAAAAGAAGUAUAGAACAAAGAAUGUUCACAAGUUCUACAUUAGACAGAGGUAUUUAACCAAGGCUCCAGUCUCGACCUGUUGCACUUUACUCAUUCCUUUACACUGUCCGCCUCCGCAAUCCUGGAACAUAAGGUUACCGCUCUGCAGUUCCCUUUUACAACCAUCGCAACAUUUUUUAGACUGCACUCAUGGCCAAGUCUCUGAAAGAUGCCAUUAAACAUGUUGUAAUCUAGCAGACAUCAUUUCCCCAUCUUUUUCGUUCUCUUUUCGCACUCAUUGUCCCUCUCCUGCACCCAUACUUGUGCCUCUUUCCUUGUCGCUACCGAGAAGCGACAACCGGAAAUACGUCUACAUUCGUAGGCUGCCUCCUUGCCUCGCGGUCAUCUUUCGAGUUCUUAGGGCCUCUCGGGUUAUAGAAACCCAAACGUAUUCACCGGAUUGUUUCUUGUCUAGCAUUAGACGUUUUAAAAGUCCUUUAUUUUUUUUCUGGUUGGUUAUGCCAUUGCUCCACGAGCUUGCUUCGCUCACUUUUAUUAAAGUGACUUCCGUUAAAAGGGCAGGAAAUUUUGAGUGGAGACUGGAUCCUAAAUAGUGAGGGAUCUUUGUUUGCUUUGCCGGGCCGGGCGCUGAACUGCUGUGCAGAAAGGGCAGUGAAGUCUGAAUUCUCGGACAUUUACCUUUAUAUCUGGUAAGCUAUGGGUGAAAAACCGUUAACAGACGCAGAAAGAAAGAGACAAAUCUCUCUUCGAAGGCUCACGCUUGUGAAGGAUCGAAAUGUGGCGACCAAACGAGAUUAUUAUACGUCCCUGGCUCACACAGUAAAGGAUUACUUAGUCGGAAAGUGGAUAAGAUCACAGCAGUCAUAUUAUGAGAAGGAUCCAAAGGUAUUGGCGUACUAUUUGUCGGUCUUUUUGUCUACAGAUGUAUAUGUUAUGAGUAGCUUCUUACGUGUGAUGUAGAUCACGAUAUUAGCACGGAAUUCAUGCGUUCGGUCGUUCGUCAAUACGUGCCAACUCGUUAAACAAAUAGUCUCAUAUUGAACUACAUUUCACACACUGUGAAAUCUUAUGGAAGUUCUCAUUUAGUCGCCAAACCUAUCGAAUGAAAUUGAAUAUUAUGCUAGUCCGUAUACCGAAACACAAGGCAAGAUGAUAUUGCAGAUUCUGCGCGCACACUCAAAACUCACUGCAAAUAUUUUAAUUUUAUCUCAAGUCGACGGUAAUGUUUAUUGAAUCGCACCUCAUUUUUACUGUUUCUACGUUUCACAACGUUAAAGAUUAUUUUUCUAAGCACUCAUUUACUACUAGCAGUAAAAAGGUCAUAAAAUGUUAAAAUUAAUUUUCACGCCCCAUCUGGCGGAUGCUUUUGCAGGCCCUCCAGUCAAUGUGCAUUGUAAAUCAGAACCCGCAUUUUCUCUAGUAUUGGUCAUGUUUUUGGUUUUUAUUAGUUUAUUAACAGAGCGUAGAGCAAUUAAAUAUAUAGUGGACAGUUUCUUUUUUGUUGUGCAGAACCAUCAGAAACUUUAAUUUGCAUUACACAUUUAUAUAUUGAUCAAUUUUCAGAUGAUUAUUAUUUGUAGUGUUUUCUGUUGUUGUUGUUGUUUUGUUAGAUUUAAGCUCAAAGAUGCGAAGAUAACAUUUUCCUAUAUUUAAUGUACAUGAAUACAAGACAAAAUAAUGUAGGACUGUUAGCUAAAAGAAAAAAAACAACUAAUUAUUUCACCCAUCAUUACUUUAAAGAUAAAUAAACAUACAUGUAGUAAUUAGCACUGUUGUUGGCAACUGUUGUUUCCCAAGGUAUACAUGAACUUUUGGCCUAAUACAGAAAACUGACACUGUUUCCUCUAUUCUGUUGUAAUGUCUAUUCCUGUGGUUUCUUGAUACCCUAAAUCCUCUAUUUAGCCCCCCCCCCCCCCUUCAGGGAGCUUAUUUAUUUCAAUCCCAUUUGGGGGGGGGGGAGUGGGGAGGGUUUACUAGAGACAGAGAGCUUACUAUUUGAGAAGUGGGGCUUCUUUAAUUAAGAAAAGGUGAUGGUAUCAGUUCGCCAUUAAUAAAUACAAAUACAAAGUGGAAAAGCUCAAAUGCAAGAAGGUUGGAGGUCAUUCAGCUGAGGAUCAGAAUGAAAUCUGAACUUCUAGUUGGUACAUGUAUAUAAAUCAUCCCAAAUCAGUCCACACAACGUGCACGCACAAAGAUUGAUUAAUACAGUCUAUCAUUUAUUAGUGAAGAAUAAUUAGAGGAGGAGAAGGGGGCGAGGGGUGGUAAUAGAGAGGGGAGAGGCUUAUUUGAGAGGGGGUGUAAUAGAGGAUUUCUUGUAAGCCCUUUAAGGCUAUGUUCACACUACAGUGCAUACUGGAUAGCUUAUUGUACUGACUUGAAAAGCUGUCAGGUAUGGUAAGUGCAAUGGCACACAACUGGAGUAAAUCAUUUAUACAUAAUGAUAUUGUGCUGGAGCAGUUGACUGAGAAGGCUUGGUGAACUAAAUUCCAUUGCUCACCCUCAUCAAAGUCUGGCACAGUAUCUAUCCGGUAUGUGACACUCUACUUUUGAGAUUGGCAUAGCACAGUUUUGCUCUGUUACAGAAAUUGUGCUGAAGUCAUCAUUCUUAUGUGUGAACAGAUGGUUUUUUGUGCCAACACAAGAGCUAUCCAGUAAAGUAUAAACAUAGCCUAAGAAACUGCUUUUGCUGAUGGUCAUUUUCAAUUGUUUGAUUUCUUAACAGCGUGUGUACUAUCUGUCACUGGAGUAUUACAUGGGCCGUGCUUUGACCAAUACCAUGAUUAAUUUGGGGAUUCAAGGAGAAUGUGAUGAGGCCAUGUACCAGGUAAGAACUCCAGCUGAAAAUUUAACAAUUUCAUAAAACAUAUUCACCAGUCUUGAGCUACGUAGUCAAGACAGUGCUAUCACUUCUUGCUUUGUACAGUGUAAAAACACUUAAAUUCUUCUUAGUUGUAUUUUAUGAGUAAUACAGUAUAGCAGCAUUGGAACAACGCCCUUUCGUAAUGUGUAAAAUAAAAAUGGGUGUCGUGAGGAAUCUUUUUGUGCCAAGGUCACACCAUUUCUAGGACGAGUAGUCAGUGUGUUUGAUUUUUAGUAUGUUGAUCCGGGGUUUGAGUCCUGCUCCGGUCACCAACUGUUUUCUUGGUUGUCCCAAGUCCAAACUUCGGCCAAGCUUCUUAAUAGCCAACUGGUUGCCUCCUGCCAUUUGGAGUUUUUAAUCCUGUUAUGUUCUAUUUGAAUAACUGGUAUUUCUCUCUAAUUGUUGGAAUGGAGUGUCUGUAAACCCGGUACAAUACCAUUCAUGAUUUGUCACACUUUCCAUGCAAGGGUACUAAUUUUCGGUAAUACUAAUCUUCCCGUUUACAAGGUGGCAUUUAACUAUUCAAAAUUCAGCUUAUCUUUUACCCGUUAGUGGAAAUGAAGCCCCUUGCAGGCAGAUAGAUUUAACUAGAAUAUGUCAUUUGUUCUUUUAUGCAGCUUGGUCUCGAGAUGGAAGAACUGGAAGAAGUAGAAGAAGAUGCUGGCCUUGGAAAUGGUGGUCUUGGAAGGCUGGCUGCAUGUUUUUUGGAUUCGCUGGCAACAUUAGGCUAUCCAGCAUAUGGAUAUGGCAUCAGAUAUGAAUAUGGCAUUUUUAAACAGUCUAUCGAUGGCCAUGGGAAUCAGGUACACAGAUAACUUUAAUACAUAACAGUUUACCUGGGGGUAGUUCACACAACCCUUUCCAGAAAACCAAGAAUCAAAAUUCAAGAAAACAACCUUUCCUUUGUUAUGAAUUAUUGGAAAAAAAGUUAAAUGUAUCUAGUGUAAAACAGGACGCAGUUAAUUGGGAGGCAUUUAUACCUAACUUGUUGAGAGAUGACUGGGAAGAGUCAGUUUCAUCUACUUUUGUGUGUCCUGUUUUUACACCAGUAGACCUUUCCCGCAUUCCGCUCUAGUGAACAAACAUAAAAAAUUGACGUUGAAGCUCGGGGGGGACAAUUUCAUACCAAUCACUGGAUUUUGUCCACCCAAGCCUUGACUUGAUGCCUUUGUUUACCAGGAAUGAGGGAAAGGUCUGUUGGGAUAAAAAUCUCAGACAUUAAAUACAUCUAGGUGACUUUAAUGUCUCUAUCAGUAAAACAGCCAUUAUCACAUUCACAAAUAGACACUCUUGUGACUAUCAUUUGGGCUAGGCAGCACAUGGGGGACUACAGUGCUGGUUAUGGACUCCUGCUAUUACCUACACAGAAGAAAAAAAUGCAUGGACCUGUCUUCAGUAGUUACUGUACACCAUUAUCCUUCUGUUGUACCAUUACUCUAAAGUAUAUUUAAACCCAUUGAAAAUAUCGUAAAGCCAGCUUCAACCUGCCAAUUUGAAUUGAUAGCAUUAAGGGUCGCUUCCUUAUUUUAUGAGUUAAAGUAAAACCGGGAAAACUGUGAACACCAGAUAUACUUCUGGAAUGUUAUAGUGUUGGGAAAAAAAGCCAAUCGGGAAAGAGAAACUAAACUGCAAGUAAGAACCUUAAUUAGUUUGUGGCUAGUUCGCAUGUCCUGAUCUUUGCUGUGAUUGGUUGUAACACAAUAAACAUUCCUGAAAUAUUUCAAGUGUUCUCGGUUUUGUCAGUUUGCCUGUAAUAGCCUUUGAAUACAGCCAACUCUUCUCCCUCUUUGCUGGUAGCGCAGUUCACAGGAGACAAUGACAGAAGUGUAGACAUCACUCUUACAACACGUCCCUGCAAGGGGCAAAUAGAGACAGCUGUAUUUGUAGGUUUAUAAGGUAACAACAGUUUUGUUUUGAUUGUAGAUGGAGUUGCCAGAUGACUGGCUUAAGUUUGGAAACCCUUGGGAAAAAGCCAGACCAGAGUACCUGAUUCCUGUUGAGUUUUAUGGUAGGGUAGAGUCAGAUGCCAGUGGAAAGACCCAUCGCUGGGUGGACACCAUCACCACUUUUGCCAUGCCGUAUGAUCAGCCAAUUCCUGGAUAUAACAACAACACAUGUAACACCAUGAGGCUUUGGGCUGCAAAAUCACCAAAGGGUUUUGAUCUCUCAUACUGUGAGUAUUUUUUUAUAUACAUGCUGUUAUCCAAUAAAUUGUAUCAUUAAAUAAUAUAUACAUUGGUCCUUUGGGUCUACAAGGCUUUGUUGUGUCCAUUGAACCUUAAAACUGAACUGUAAAUUGAACUUCAAAGUUCAAUAAAAACAAACAGUAAAGUAAAUGUCAGGUAAAUAAAGGCAGGGUUUUCAAUAAGGUUUUAAGUACACUGUAGGUGGCAAAAGCUUUGGAAUGGAAAAAACUUGCGCUUGAAGGCGCAAGUUUCUUGGGGGGUCCAGCAGCGUUCCCCCCAGGAAAAAUUUUGAAAUCUGGGCUUCUUAGAAUGCAUAAAAUGCAAGAAUUAGAGUUUUUGAACUGAGUACAGACAUCAUUAAAUUUUGGCUUUUUAUUCAGUGACAGCACAUGAAUACUCUACAUGUACUUUUUAAAUUUAUCUCUUCUUGCCAAUUAAGCUAUUAACCAUUGGUUGUUUUAGUAUCUGUUUUAAAUCAUGUUAUUUGAAAAAACUGGGGUAACUUCCAAAGAAAAGUAGGUAGUGAGUUCAUGUGAAAUAGCUGGUGAAUUUCACCAGCUGCUGGCCCUUAUUGAAAACCCUGUAUAGGUGCCAUUUUGAUGGCUAAAAUUUGUUCAAAUUCACUGAAAAUUAAUGCACCAUUCAGGUUGCCCCAAAAUUAAAUUAUUAGGGAGCUUACGCAACGGCAACAGCAAUGAACAGUGAAAAAGCAGUAGGUUGAGAUUGGCUAAACAAUAACUGAUUUCUUUGCUAUCGCUACACGACUGCAAUGUGAAAGUGCAUAAUUUCAUCUUUUGUCAAGGACGUGAACACAGGACAACAACUUUCUUUUUCUUUUCCUGAACUUCAAUAUCGUCUUUUUGAAUUCAACUCCAGAAAAAUUUGCCAUCAUUUGACGAAUUGAACAAGUUGAAAUAAGCGCGAUAAAGUGCAAAGUAGCAUGAAUUCACUUUUUAAGCGAUGUUUUGUAGCCUUCGUUGCUACUUAAGCUCUCUAUUUCUCACUAGAAAGAGGAUGAACCUACUUUCCCUGAAAUGCAGCUGUGCCAAGUGAAAAGCUGCCUUUUAAUCUACCCUUUUGUAGCCUAAUUGAAUUGUUUACAUUGUACAUUUUGAGGGGAACCCUAAUUCCACUCUUGGAAUUUGGUGACCAGUAGUGGCUGAAUUUGGCUAAAUUGCAUGACAUUGCUUCAUUUAUUAUUACAUGCUUUUCUGUGCAGAUGUGUCAUCUUCUUGUCUGUAAUGAGAACAAGGUGUUGUUUUUGUUUUUUUCUUCAGUUAAUGGAGGAGACUAUAUCAAGGCUGUUUUGGACAGGAACGUGGCUGAAAAUAUCUCGCGAGUUUUAUACCCAAAUGACAAUGUAAGAUUCUAAGUAAUCUGUAAUUAUUAUCAGUGACUUGGAAGUACAAUAAUUAUUUAAUUUUACGUAGUACUGGUUAAAAUGUUAACUAAUGCACAGCUGUGUGCAUGUAUGCAUGUCAUUACUCAAUUUUUUAUGGUUUGAAAAUCUUUCACUGGGUUAAUUUUAUUUUCCAUAUGUAAGAUACAAUACCUUAUACUGUAGUGAUAAUCUUAUUGCUUGGAGCCUAUCUGUAGUUGAAUGAAAACGGGAUUGGGGAGAGAUGACUUAGUAGAGUCUGUAAUUAUCGUUUUCAAUAUAUCAUUCCAGUAUACCAGCUCCUGACAGUCAACUUCAACACUUACAUGAAUCAUUUGGCUUUGCGCAUACAGAGUCUAACAAACAUGUCAACAGGGCUGUCAAAAAGUUUUCAAGUAGCAGGCUGAUAAUGAAUAGUAGAUGAUUUUGAAACUUGCACCAAAGGCCGAAGUUCUUGAGGGCUGAGGCAUCGAGGGACAUUGUGAGUCUUUUGAGUCUCAGAAAUGACAUUUCCAGGGGUUUUCAAGAGGUAUUUUCCAUCACGGAUGCUAUAUUGUUUCGUCAGAAUACUUGCAACACUUGGAACAAUGCCUUCGAAAUGUCGCAGGCAUUCCAUGACAUCGCACGGUUCGAACGUUUCACAGAUCUAAUCCUGUUUAAAUAUGCAUUCAAUGUCAUUCAAAACUGGAACACAGAUGCUUUACAAUUUUAUUCGAUGGAGCUUAUUUUUUGUUAGCAGUUAUGGUAGAAGGAGAUGAAAGUAGCCAGCUAAGGACAGACACCUAGCUGGCGGUUUUGGCCAGCUACCGGUGCGGCCCUCAUUGACAGCCCUGGUCGAGCAUGUGAACACCUCCUACACUGUGCCUUUUGACGUUUUGACAUUUGACAUUUUGACAGGGAUUGAUUAGUAAAUAUUCAGAUUGAGGAAUUUUUGAAAAGGUGCUUACAAGCUCUCCCCUACUCUUUUCUUACUUUUUUCACUCAUCCGUGUUGACUGAGAGCCCCGUGCAAGCUAUCUUAAUUUUAUCGCUUAAGAGGAAACAAGAAAUUGAAACUCCAAAUUAAACUUGUUUUUUGUGAAGAACUUGAUCAGCCCUAGAGCUGUGGAGGUUGUUGUUGAAUCACAAAUCUUGUGAUUAGCAUAUUAAUUUUUUUAAUACACUAAUUACCUUAUUAUCUUUGCAGUUUUUUGAAGGGAAGGAGCUGCGACUGAAGCAGCAGUACUUCAUGGUCUCUGCCACUCUGUCAGAUAUUGUUAGAAGGUACAAAGCUCCUAAAUUUGGCUCCAAAGAAGCUGUGAGGACCACCUUUGAGGACUUUCCUGACAAAGUUAGUGUAGAAAAAAUAAUUUUUUAUUAAAAAAUAUUAUCAAAAAAAUAUACGUACCAUUCUGGGCAUGUUUUGGUUCCAGGCUCAAUCAUAUCAGGGCUGUUACUAAGAUUUCAAGUUGCCAGGGGUCUGUUUCUCAAAAGUCCCAUUGACUUUUUGAGCCUAAAAUUAAAUAAUAUUCAAAUCAAAAAUAAUUGUUAAGAAUGAUAGUACUAUAUCUUGCUAACAGACCAGACCAUGAUUGUUUUGUUCACUGUUCUGAUAGUUUUGUCAUGUUUUCUGCAAAAUUGAAACCUCCGUCAUACAUUUACGGUGUAAGCAAGUUCAAGUUUUAGGGCCCACUGAUUAUCAUAUGAGACACGGGGCGCUCGUGCAAGUGGCUUGAAAAAAGUCCCAUCUAGUCAUUUUAGCCUAAGAAAGGGCCCAAACAAAAAUGCGCAUUCUCAAAAUGCACAUUUUAUGAGCGAACCCAGAAAUUAUGAAUAAUGCAUUACUGUGGACUUUUGUCCAGGAUUGUAGGUAUUGAAUCUAAAAAUGUGAUACGUGUAUGCUGUACUUGAUAGGUUGCCAUUCAGCUCAAUGACACCCAUCCUUCUCUGGCCAUUCCUGAACUAAUGAGGAUAUUUGUGGACAAGGAAGGUCUCACAUGGGACAAGGUAAGUAAAGAAAAAAUUAUUACUCUUAUAUCUGUGGAUGCUCCCUUGUAUACAUGUAAGUUGUGCCUGGUCAUAUGCUGCAUGUUCUAGGCACCUCUUUCUUUCUUUUUUUUUUUCGCUUAGUACGAGUGACCAGUGUACUUGGAAUUUAGUGAGUUCUUUGUUAGUAAAACUUGGAAUGUGGUUUAUGCCUGGUGACACAGAAGACGGGUUCCCUGCCUAUGGGAAUGGUUUUUUCAAGGAGGUCAUAAACAGAAGGGCACAGUUGAAACUCAGUUACUGUAUUUUUUCGGUCAUAAGGCGCACUUAAGAUGCACCCCCAACUUUUCAACAUGAUUUUUCUAAGUUGUCAAACUUAAUUUUGUUUUGUUGCUCGAAGAUACUCGGUUAUAAGACGCACCCCGAAAUUACAACAGAUUUAGAGCUAUCAAGCAGACUUUCUUUGAAAAAAUCCUGUGCCUUAUAAGCGAAAAAAUACGGUACAUGAUUAUUACUAUCAUGUCUUUUUUUCUGGUUACAUUCAUGCAUGAGUUGUGUUAAUUAUUGUGAAUUCAUAAAGAUCUGAGGGUAUGAUUUCUUAUAGUGCAUUUCGUGUAGGUAAUUGAAAAGUACCUAUAAAAUAGACAGAAAUAAAGCAUUUGCCUCGCAGUUUUUUCAACUUGUCCUGUGUGUCCAGGCCUAGCAUUUCUCAAUGCCUGCCCCUCUGUUAAACUUUCACCAAAAGUCACUAAUACCAAAGAUUCUUUGAAGACAACUGUGUUUAAUGAUUAUCUGCAGCUUGCACAAACUCGAGGGCCAGGAUCUGGGGAGCGCCAAUACCUACAUGUAUACAAAUUCUCCAGACUGAUCUACUUAUAAUUCCUUUAGAAAUUAGUUGAGAGAAUUUGAUAAAAGAUCAAAGAUUUUUCUCUUUGUAAUCAUUUUAUUAAUUCUCAUAGACUUUGCUCUUGACAAUCUAUGUAUAUCGUUGGGAGAAAAUUGACGUUGGUCAAUAUUUGGACUGAAAGGGUAUAUAUUACAAGUAUGAGCAGGGCCCCUUCUAUUUUCAUAGAAAACAAAAGCAAAAGAACUAGAUCUAGCUAUUUAUUUACUCACCUAUUAAUUGCGUAUACCAAUAAUGUGAAAUCUUCACAAAUAAUUAUUGCAGCCUUGGUGUGAGAUACCGAUAAAACAAUUUUGUAAAACCGACCAUCGUCAUAUCAUCUGUGCCUUAAAGUGAUACUACAGCUGUACAUUUGAUUUGAAGUGAAUGGCCAUGGCCUGCACCUCUUGUCAGCCAGGCUUUGUGUUUAACAUGACUGCACUUUACAAUGGUUUCAUUUUUUAGGCUUGGAACCUCUGUGUAAAGACCUUCAGUUACACCAACCACACAGUCCUCCCUGAAGCAUUGGAGAGGUGGCCUGUGCACAUGCUGGAAUACAUUCUGCCACGGCACCUUCAGAUUAUCUUUGAAAUCAAUUCCUUAUUCCUGAAGGUAACUUUGAUUUUUUAGACAUUGAAAACUGAAUGUUUGUUUAUAUUACUACUUCAUUUUCUUGUAAUUGUCAUUUUGCAGUGUGUAGCAGCAAAUUAAAGUUGCCACUUUAGUACACACUGAUUAAAUUUUAAGCAUGUAAGCAUUUGGAAAGAUUUGAAAUAAAGGGAUGGAAAAAUGAUGAAUGUCUCAGUAUUUUUAUAAGAAACACAAUACCACAUGGAAAGUGCUUUGUACAGUAUUUAUGCACUUGUGUUUGUGUACCAGAGAUCUCACUCGUUCGCUGGGCGCACUUGUUUGAUUACUGGUACGUCAACAGCUCGUGCGUAAAUACCAUACACGUACACUUUCCAUGGAGUAUUAUUUAUAAUCUUAUACAGUUGUAUCUUAUUCCAUACCUCACUUGUCAAUAUUGUGGCUGAUGUGGUUGCUUUGUUUGUUUGUUUUAUCAGAAAGUGACAGAAAAAUGGCCAGGUGACAUGGACAGGAUGCGUCGGAUGUCUCUGGUGGAAGAAGGUCCUGAAAAGCGCAUUAACAUGUCACAUUUGUGCAUUGUUGGUUCUCAUGCAAUCAAUGGUGUGGCUGCAUUACAUUCACAGCUACUGACGACAACUAUGUAUGUAUCGUUGGAUUGUUACUGUGCCUUUUCAAUAAUGCAUGAACUCAAAACUAUAAAAAUUAACUGAAGAUUGUGUGUUUUUUGCUGCCAGGUCAAUCAUAGUCGUAUGUGGUAUAAGUUCUUGUCUUACGAGUCUAUAAUUGUGACAACAAUAUGUGAACCUUUCAAAAAGAAAACAAACAUUGAAAUGGAUUGAAAUAAUUUUUAUGCCAAUUAAAUCCCACAGACAUGGUCUUUUGAGGUUAUACAAAACAACUUUUUUUUCCAGAGAGGUUUACUAGUAAGAGUGACUGAUGGCUGCAAAACACCAAUCCAUUGAUUUACUCUUAUUGUAUUUUUUCCUCACCUAGAGGGAACAUAAUUUUUAUAUUGCUGUCUGAUUUAAAUUUUUCUUGUUUUGAAAUUAAGUUAUAAAAUGUGUAAAAGUGUAAUGUUAUUUGGUUCCUUUUCAGUUUUAAAGACUUCUAUGAAAUGUACCCAGAAAAGUUUCAGAACAAAACUAAUGGUGUAACACCUCGUCGAUGGCUUCUACUCUGCAAUCCUGGAUUGUCAGAUCUUAUCUGUGAGGUGAGGUACUGUUUAUUUGCAGGAGAGGGUUCAGAUGCCUUGGAUUUCUGGAAUUCACAGAGUGGAGGGGGUGAAACAGGGUGCUUUCCAUUCACCCUUAAAUUCUGGAAUUUUUUUUAUAAAGUCAAAUGGAAUGAACCGUUUCAGUUUGGUUGGUUUGACUGGAGUGUUCACUUGGAAUACUUGCACUGAUCUGGCAUUUUGGUUGGUUGGAUAUGUCCCUUUCCAUUUGACAAAAAUUCUUAUUCCCAGUACCACUCUUCUGCAUCCUGCUUACAAUUACAAUAACCAAAUGCAUGCUUUUUAAAAGUACAGAUCAGUAGCACAGUUCUGAUGUACAAAGGUGUAACAUUGGCCUAAAAUCAAAAUUUUUAAAAAAAAUACAGUAGGUGUUUCAAGGAACUCUAAAAAGCAAUAAAAAAUGAUAAUAUUGCAAAAAAAUGCCACCUCAAUAAUUUUUGAGGACAUUUUCUGCUAUUUUUCUAUUACCCAUGAUGCAUUGCGACCAAGCCCUUUCGCACAAAAUAUAUUUCAUCUUCAUUCCUCUCAGGCAAUUUUUAAGCAGAAAUUUCAGUUUAAAGCUACAAAUGUAUUUACAACAAAAAAACACAUGUUAAUUGUAAGAAAGUCAAAGAGAUGCCAACAUUUGCUCAUGUUCAUUCAAUGGAACUUGAAAUAUUUGCCGUCUCUUUCCCUUUGAUUGCAAGGCACCACAAAUAUAACGUACAGUUCCUGGAAGCACUGCUGCCACCUUUUCAUCAAGUUUAUAUGUCUGAUCAAUCAUGUUUUCCCUAAGAAAGAAUUUUUCUUGAAGAACAAAGACCGUCCACGGUCCACACUUGGCUUCUUGACUUUUCUUUCGGGCUUCCAGUAUUUUUUGAAUAAAUUUCCUUCUAUUUUUUUUUUAUAAUGAGCUCUUCUUUUCUCUUGCUUUUCCUUUUCUUUUUUGUUCUCACCACUGCUGAAUCCGAGAAACUCCAGAAUCCAUACUUCUGAUUGUAUUUGACUGUUUUGUGCUCACGCGUGCGAUAUGAAAUGCGUAUCAAGAACGCACGUGCUAUGAAGAUAUUUCCCGCUCAUUUCCUGAGCUUAUGCAAUAUUUUUCUUCCUAAUAUGGAAGUCUAAGACAAUGCAAAUUUAUUGAGUAAACAGUGAGUCAUUUUCAGUGUAUUUUAGAGCGAACGAAACAGUACAAGCGGUUGCUGUGUCGAGCUAGAUUCUGCGUGAAAUUCGAUCGCUUACUCUUCACGGAGGAAAAUAACUCUCUUGGUGUUUAGAACAAACUCAAAUCUCAAUAUUUUCGUCGGGUUUUGGCCUUCUCGACUGGUUUUGGUAUCAAAAUUUAGCGUGACAUUUGAGCAUUUUGCUCCUGUCAACUUUGAUACAAUCCAGAACACAGAGCGCAGACAGGACGGCACGAAAGGUCAACGACCGGAAAUUCUGCUUGCCGUAUCACACCGCUUCCCGAAUGUUUAGAACGCAGAAAAAAGUUAAUAAUUCCGCAAGAAUUCAUUCACACAACAAGAGACUACAGGAAAGUUAAAAUCAACUUAUGAGCAUUGUGUCUGGAUGAAAAAUUGUUUUGUGAGUCAAGAAAUAUGAAUGAUACAUGACAUUGAAAAUGUUUGGUCUCUUCCAAGUCUUGAGCGUGACGCAUCAAAUCGCGAGUGGUUUGGUCAGUUUUGACGAAAAUCGAAUGGGAAUUUUGAGAUUUUAGUUUGAGUUAUAACUAACAAUAAGAAUAUUCUUUACACAUAAAAGUUUUGAGGACGGUAAAAGAAAUAGAAGUUAGCGAAAACAGGUUAAAAGUGAAGGACGACUAUACGCGCGUGUUACGCGUGACGCCAUGUUUUUACGGCAACCUUCACAACUCAGUGCGGAUUUAAUUUUUUAUGGUAGAACAUAAUUCCCCAACCUUUAUCAGAAAAUAAUCUUUAAUAUACCUCUGAUAAUCGAGGAAAGUCUCAAAUGCAUUCAAUAAUUGUGCGCCGAGAUAUUGAAAUAUAUUUUAUGCAGAGCAGUGAAUUUUCCUUGUGAUCAUGACAACCGUGCUACUGAUCACAGUCAAACCUUGAUUAUCCGUACCUCGAUUAUCUGGACUUUUUGAUUAUCUGGACUUGUUUCCCUUGUCCUGGUUUUUUUCAUGAAAUUAGUGAGAUGUGAUCUUGAGAAAUUGAAACAAUUAAAAGUUCAUUAAUCUUUCCAAACGUGGUUCAAAACACUGUUUUAAGUUGUUUCUCUUUGAAAAAGUGCGAGCGGCACUAGAUGAACAAUAAUUGUUCAUCUGAAUUCUGAUUGGCUCCAUAUUGUUAUGUUGCUAAGGGAAUGUCAUGCUUGAUUCCACGUUGGUAUUUAUGUAAACACAAGACCAAUCGAUCGUAAACUCAGAUCACAGCUAUGUCUUUGCAAUGAAAGUAGUCUGUUCUCUAGAUAAAGGACAAGCAAACAAUUAUUAUUUCACGUUUGGAGAAAGGCGAAAAAGGAACAAAUUUGGCACUCGAGUUUAAAAUCAGCAAGAUAUACGCAAAAAAAUCAGAUCUCAGAUAUACGCAAAAACAAAGAGAACAUCCUGAAAUUCACUGAUGGCAUUGAGAUGAGCAAGGGAUUAAAAAUACAUGAAUACUGAUAAAUUCAAGUAGGAGUUAAUUUACAAUAAAAUUUUGUUUUCUUUAUUCCCUAUGUCUACAUUAUUGUCUCAUUAAUAUUCACAUUUUCAGUUAUCCAGACUUUUGAUUAUCCAGACUAUUUACUCAAGUCCCAACGUGUCCAUAUAAUCGAGGUUCAACUAUAUUAUUCAUAUCUUCAGUUUUUGAAUAUUUUUUAUGUCUGACAUUACACAUAUGUACAAUUUGUAUUAAAGGCGUGGGGCAAACUUGAGUUAGACAUUGUCCUUUAACCAUCAAAUACUUAUGUCAAGGUUGUGCUCUAAGAAAAAUUGAGGGGAGCCCAGUUCGCUGAACCUGUGAAAUCCUGGGUGCUCAGCUUAUUAUUUCUAUCGAAAAAGUAACAUUUUAUAGUCGCCCAGGAGCAAAAGUAGUUGCUAAGGGCUACCGGACACUGCUAGUGCUCACAGCCCUGUAUUUGCUUUAGAUUUGACUGAUGCUAAUAUUACUUUUGCUUGCUGAUUUGUGUGCAAAAGACAAAGAAUUGCCAUUAUAAGAGAGUGGAGUCAAUUUCAGGUGGAUAAAUUUUCCAAAAUCCACUUCAGGGUUGGGGUAUGAGGCAAAUUCCUUCUUUGUUGGGAUAUGGUCAGUGUGUUUUUUAGGGACAAAAAAAAAAUAUUAUGCUGCUUGUUAAUACAAAGGUCAUACAUCAGAUUGCUACUUACAAGUUUGUGUUUUACUCCUUCUUCUAACUCUAACAAAACAGAAGUUAAGUGUAAAAUUAUUUCAUUUGAAAUAAUUAUUUUUAUACGUAAUUUCCUGCAGAAAAUUGGUGAGGAAUGGAUAACUGACUUAUCGAAGCUUAGAAGGUUGGAAAAGUUUGUCAAAGACAAGAACUUCAAGCAUGCUUUUAUGAGAAGCAAGCAGGUAAUUAAGAAAAAAAAUGACUUUAUAGUUGUAGCACAAUAGGAAAAGGCAAAUAGGAACUGAAACAAAUACUUGAAAUUAGCAUAAGAAUCUACAAGCAUUGCUAAGGAAUUAGUCUUGAGACUACAUGUACCAAUAACAAAUCCAGCUGGUGUUUAGGGUGGGGAUUGAACUCGGGGCUUCCAGAUUGCAGUGCCAGCGCUCCAACUGCUCGGCCACUCCGCCUCCCCUCUGUAUGUCACCUUAUAGAUGGCAGUAUUUAAUUUGUGACCCACUGGUCUUGCAGCUGAGAUGGUCCAAGUUUAUGUCUUGCCAAGUCGAUGUCUUGCCCUGAUUACUAGCGGGAGUUAUGUCUAGUCCUGAGCUCAACUUCUUGGCUAUGCUUGUAAAUUAAUAGCCUUGAAACUAGUUUGCCAGGCCAGAAAUUAAUGCUCAUAAACUAAUUGUAAAAAUAAUGUGAGGGAGUUUUUGGAAGUUGCAUAACAAACAAAUAUCAUGCAGGAAAUGUUUAUAUUUACUAAAGCAUUUUUCCUGUAGAAAUCUGAGAAAGAAGAUAGAAUUUAUGGCAGCUGGAUACUGAUAUUACUGAUAUGUUGCCUGUUGAUCUUUUUAUUCUUUAGGAAAACAAGAUAAGACUUGCAGACUUCAUCAAGCGGGAGUAUAAAGUUGAGGUGAAUGUGAACUCAAUUUUUGAUGUCCAAGUAAAGAGGAUUCAUGAGUACAAGAGACAGCUGAUGAACUGCCUUCAUGUUAUUGUGCUGUACAAUAGUGAGUUUAUCAUUGAUUAACAACUUAUUAAUUAGUUAAUUAAUUAGUAAAUUAAACUUUUCAUGACUUUGGCCUAUCCUUGAUCUUUCAAUUGGGUUAUUCCAGAAAAAAUCCAGACCCCCCCGACGGAUGGGGUCCUUUUUUAACCCCCCCUCUCACCUGGAUUUCCUGAAGCACAAGACCCCCCCUCCCAACUGGAUUUCCAAGGUGGAAGACCCCCCCUCCCGCCUGGAUUUCCGGGAAAAAAAUAAAAGGCUUAAAUUUAAUUUAUUUUUAAUGGAAAAUACACGCAAACACGUCUAAAUGUUUUUGUUUUAAUUUCUAAAGCUUCAGCUUAUAUUAAACUAAGAAUUCUAUCGCGUGGAACUAAAAACGAAAGGAGCAAAAAACAAAAAUGCGAACGACACCUGAACGAGUGUUUACAUAAUUUCUUAGCUUAUAAAAAUCAGUGACCUUUUUCUUUCUUUGCGCUAAAUAUGAAUAUCCAUUCCUUUACGAGACAUAAGGCAGCCGGCAGCAUGCGUGUCAGUCUCGUCCACUGAAGAUCGAGAUUUUGUAACUGUUGUAAAUCAACGAAAUCUUUCAAAGAACGAAAGUCUACAUUUGUUAAUCGUUACAAUUAUUUUCUAACUUAAAGAAUGGAUGACUUCAUUUGCACAUCCUACCUUCAAGAUCUGUAGUUCUACUGUGCACUGGAAGGGAAGUUCAAAUUCGCGUUAUAAACAGCUUUCUUAGUCCGCCAUAGUUACAAAGGUCGUUUCGCUUUCGUUUAAAUCGGAGAGGCAACAGUCAUGCUGAAGAGAAUGCAGCCAAGACAAAAGCACUUGAAAUAGCUCCCAUUCACGAAAUGAAAUUUUAACAUGUUCAUCCAACGAAUUAUUUUAAAACCGGAUUAAGAUGGCUUUCAGAUUCAUCCAAAUACAAAGUCCGCUAUGAACAAAUUCUUCACCAGGCUCUUGCAGAUUUGGCGCCUGUUUGUUUUGUUCUCUCAAAAAAACUAUUAAUUUUUGGGGACAUUUUUUCAUAAGGCUUUAAAAAAUCUCAAAAAAACAAGUUGUAAUGGUGUUUUGAACUAGACUAAAUAGGAAAUGCGGAAUUUACAACCUAACUGAGAAUUCUCUGACCAGUAAGUAAACACAGCGGAACCUCUAUUUUAUAACGAACCUCUCUGUAACGAAUUCAACGAUAUUCUUCUAAACUUACUUCAAUUUAGCAUAACCUUGUCGAACCUCGCAAAAGUUAACGCAAUUUUGUACACCAGCACUUCGCGCGCGGGCUCUGGGUACGAGUAGAAAUGUGUCAGGCGUUUGACGCUCUUCGUGACAACAACGUUGCGACGAGUUCCUUCAGGCCCGUUCUUUAGUAUCUUGUUCGCGUUUUCUGCUAUAAAAGGACCUGUAAAGCAACUUAGAUUAUCAUUUAUGUCAGGUGAGAAAUAUAUAUACAAAACAUUUUGACUAUUUUCAGGGUCUGAAAGCGCUUAAGUGUCAUCGAACUAAACGUUUGAUUUGUAUCAACUAUCGGUCGAAAUGACCCUUGCAGAAGACUUUUUUAAGGUCAACCCCCCCUCCCGCCUGGAUUUCCGGAGUCUUCAACCCCCCCUCCCGCGAGAAUUUCCAGAAUCCCAUCCGUCGGGGGGGUGUGGAUUUUUUCUGGAACAACCCAUUGCUGGAAAUUCCCCAUUAUUUGCUCGUACAAGAUGGGCUAAAAGUUGGUGGUGGUGCAGUUGCUAAGUUAAUAAUAAACUCUCUCUUAGCUUGACACCAUUAAGUCCAGCAUUAAGGGACCAUCUUUGAUAGAUUUUUGCUAUUCACCCGUCAGAAUUUUGCCAAAAAACUUGUUUUGAAGCCAGUUGAGACGUUUUUUUCUGUUUGGCUAUGAAGGGCUCGUACACUUUGUGGCCUUCUAAUCCAGGUGCAAAAUAUUAACUUGGAAAAAAAAUUCCAAGAUAGUUUUUGGGUUUAAAAAUGACACAGAAGUCCCGACUUUUUUCUUUCGCUUUCUCUCCUUGACUCCCCUCUUGUUUCACUUUUCUAGCCUCAUUGUUUUUUGUCUUUUGCUGGUCAUUAAUUAGCAGGCUUCAUUUCGGUUGGAAAAGAUUUUGGAAAGGUUUUAGGAUCUUACCAGGAUUAGUUGAAAACAAAGUUUGGAAGGUAUUGGAACAAGGUUUUCAUGGGAAUUUUCGGGCCAACUUUCCAUGUUUCUUUUUUCGCCUUUUUCUCUGGCCUCCUUGACUGAAUUGUGCUCAUUCAGGUAUGGUUUGAAACACACCUUCACUCUGCACAAGUAAGCAGACAAAAUUUAAAGUUGUCCUUGACUGUCAAAACUGAUGACAUCACAAGUGGUUGAAGGGAUGUGGAUCCUGCAAGCGGUUCCUGGCUCCUGUGGGCGGUAGCGGGUGGUACUGGUGUGAAUGGGUUAAGGUUGUCAUUAUUAGGAAGGUUUCUGUCAAAAGAGAAUCGGCAUUAUAACUUAACUGCACUCUGUUUUAUAUGCAGGGCUUAAAGCAAAUCCCAACAUGGACUUUGUUCCUCGCACUGUCAUGAUUGGAGGAAAGGUAUGUGUUUAUUUCACUGUGCUCACUGAACAAAUCAUACAUGCCAUUCAUUCAUUCUUUCUUUUGUUUGUUCAUUCAUUUGUUCAUUAUUUUCUGUUUUGCUGUUAAGUGUAUUUCCCUAUACUUCUAGAAUAAAAGUAGACUCAAUAGGGCAAAGUGCUGCUAUUAUUAAGUCUAGCCGUCAAUGCAUUUCAUAACCUGUUUCUUUUCUGUUAAACAGGCUGCACCAGGCUACUACAUGGCCAAACUGAUCAUUAAACUCUUUAACUGUAUUGCCAGAGGUUUGCAUUUUCUGCUUUUUACAGUAGCUACAUGUAACACUGAGGCUGAAGUAUAAUAAUUAUGAAGAAUUAUGCAGAUUGAAGAGCAGAUUAUAACCCCUAAGAUCCAAUUUGUCACAAUAAGUUAUACAAAUGCCAAAUUCAAUUUUCAGUCUACCUAUUUGCCAGUGAUUUUUGUUGUAUUCCUAGGCCUGUCAUUAAUUUUUUUGAAUCAGUAUUAUAAUUUCCCUAAUUCAUCUUUGCUAACCUUGCCACUGUUGUUCAAACAUAGGAAAGCAUUGAUUUAUCUACCCAAUGGAUAUUUACUAUCCAGUGGACAAAUUUUAGGAAAGUCAGAGAUUUAUCCAGUGAAUAGCACUUUUCCACCUUUAGAACAACUGGGGCCAGAGGUUCUGAAAGUGUGGAUUUUAUACCAGCAAUCUGAAAAGAUUCCAUUAGAUCAAUCAGCUUGGCAGCUUAAAAUUUAGCCUCUUCAUUAUUUGUUCUUCUUUACAAUGUAUUCAGUACAUGAGAAUUCAGGUAGCUGAAAUAUUCUUGUAUUUUGUACUGUUUAGUGAUAAACAAUGAUCCAAUCAUUGGAGACAAACUCAAGCUUGUGUUCCUUGACAACUACAGAGUGUCUCUUGCUGAGAAGGGUAUCCUUUGAGAACUCGCAUAUAUAAGCACAAUGUGUAAUCUUGUAUUCUUGCCCUUUGUACUUUGUGUUAUAAAGAAGGUGGAUGUGUUGAUAGAAUUAUGCUGGGAAAAUUCAAGGUGAUUGAGUAUUUCUGCUCUUCUUCAAAGAUUUUACUUGUUGAGGAAAAUCUCUGAGUCCAUACAAAGAUGCCAGUUUUGUUUUAUGAGGAGGAAUACUCUGGAUCCAAGCAAUAAGAGGCAUUGUACUGAACAAAAUCUAUUGCCAACUGUUCAAGUUUUAUCAUUUAUUGCUGGGCAUUAUCUCAGACUGUCAUAACAGAAAUCGGUGUCAUCUCACUGAAUAGAAACAUUCCCAAUUUUUCUGGAUUUUCCCCAGGGAUGCUCAGUCAUUUGGGAUUUUCUCAGUGUAUGCAAACCCCAGGGGGGGGGGGGGGGACGCCAUUAACGGGGCUAAAAUUGAGAGGGGGGGUGAAAGGGAUGGGUUUUUAAACAUGUUUUCUUCUGCAAGGGUUAUUAAUAUAUAAAGUUUGGGUUCGAAACAAGGGUUUUUUUAGGGGGGGGGGGGGGGUACUGCCAUAUAUGGGCUAUAUAGGUAUGUGCCGCUGUAAAGGGUAUGGUUUUCAAGCAGUUUACUCUAGGAUAGGGUAUAUAAAUCAGAACAUUUGGGUCUAGAAUAGGGUAUUAUUUCUCAGGAAACUGAUCAGUUGGCUGAAGAUUUUAUCUAGACUAGGGAAACAGCUACUCUAGGAUAGGGGGGACUUGGGGAGUUUACUCUAGUAUAGGGUAGCAAAAUUUAUAAGGGCACAAUAGGUAUUAAUAUUAAAUUAAUACUAUUAUUUUAUGUUGUGGUCUGUGAAAGUUCCUUCCCUUCCUUUGUUGAUUUUUGUCGUAUCCAUUUAGCAAGUAAUUUCAAUUAUGUUUCUCUAGCGGAAAUAUUUAAGGUGAUUAAUUCCAGAAAAUAUCCUUAUCUCCCCCUUGGAAGGAAGUCUUGGAAAUUAAUUGGAAAUUCCAAUUAAUUCUGGAAUUCCAAUUUUCUUUAACUACAUGUCAGUGGUGAUUGUAAGAAUUGUUUGGAGUUAGAUACACUGUAAAUGUUAUUAAUUUUAAGAAAUCCAUUGGGACUCAGUUAAUAAUAGUUUGCCAUAUUUCCUUAACUGUCAUUCAGUGAUUCCUGCUGCUGACUUGUCUGAACAGGUAAGAAAUGAGAGUUCAUAUUCAUCUCUAUUUCUCUCUCCUUUGAAUACAGCAGUUUCCCCUGGCUCCUUGCUGCUAGGGACAUUUCACUGGAGAGAGAUUUGUGAUUCAGCCCCAAAAAUUCCAUACUGAUGGUGUAGAUUAAGGGUGGAAUCUGGUGAAGAAGUGCUGAUUGGUUGAUGUUAUACUUUAAUUAUUUCAAAGGAAGUGUAGGGGUUUAGUGGAACAAGAUUUUUGUUGGUUUUCUCAGGUCAAAAUUUACAUGAAUGAUUUCUUUUUCAUUAUAAUGUAACUGGCAGUGACCUGCCUGACUGAAUCUUGCUCAUUUUUAAAGUAAAAGGUGAUAUCACAAGCAGUACAAGGGUGGGGUUCCAAAUGGGUUUUUAUGGGUGGCUGAGAAGUGAAUGUUAAGGUUGAAUCGUAUUAAGAAUCAUUAUCAAUACUUUAAUUUCAUCGUUGUGUUUUUGUUUUUCUUUCUUUACCUGAAAAUUGCAGAUAUCCUUGGCAGGCACAGAAGCUUCUGGAACUGGAAACAUGAAAUUCAUGGUAAGAUUAUGAUAACGCUGAAAAAAAUAAUGAUCAUGAUCAUGAUCGUGAUCAUAGAGUACGAAUAGUAUUAGAUAAACUUACGAUUUUCUCCUCAGUCAAUUUUGUUUCAAUAAAUGGUUAUAAAAAUCAUUACCCAGGAUAAAAAUCUUGCCACAAUAAGUUGCUGAACUUUGCCUUGUGUGCAUUUUAGAUGAAUGGAGCCUUAACUAUUGGUACCCUGGAUGGAGCCAAUGUUGAAAUGAAAGAAGAGAUGGGAAGCGAGAACAUUUUCAUCUUUGGUAUGACAGUUGAAGAGGUGGAUGCCCUCAGAGCAAAAGGGUAAGCAACUUUUUACCAAUUUUCUGCAACGAUAAUACUGAUUUAGGACAUUGUUACUGUUAGUUACAGUGCUGGAAUUGUUUUGGAUUUAUAAUUAUUCAAAAGUUUCUCCAACUCCAGUGCCUGCUAAACAACACAUGAGUAAUUGACACUAAUUAGAAAUAAUAUUUUAUAGUUCUUGCAUGUACUUAUUUAUUAUUACUAGCAGUAAUUGAAAUUUAGGGGACUGCGUCCGACAGUGAUUUCAUUGGACCAUUCACAUGAUUUUUGUGCAAAAAAGGCGAAAUCUUUGAAACCGAAUAAGAACAUAAAUACCAGUUCCUGGCGGAGGAAAGGCCCCUGUUACAGAGAAACAUUUCAUGAGUGAUCACAGAUUAGGAAUGCAUCCGUUGGACACAAUUAUUGUUGCUGUGAUUUUUUUAUUGACUUUAAUAUUGCAAUAUAAGUAGGUCUUAACUUUAAUGAUUAACAGGGCUUUCAAGAUAUGUGUGCCUCCGACUGUGAGGGCAACUUUACUAUAAUUUUAUUACAGUACUUGGAUGUGCUUAAAUGCCUCCUGUGAAGUUUUUUACACAUAGAAUCAAUGUUUUUCUGUAAUGUCUCUUGUUUAGCUACAGAGCAAUGGAUUAUUAUGAAAACAACAGUGAGCUCAGGAAAGCUAUCAACCAGAUCAGAGAUAACUACUUCUCACCUAGUGAACCUGGUGUUUUUCAAGACAUUGUCAAUUCUUUGCUUCAUCAUGACAGGUUAGUUAGAACAUAGAUCCUAAUAAUAUAUUCUUGAGGAGGAUUGGAAGGAUUAGCACAGUUGGUUAGUGUGUGUGUGUGCCUUUUGUGUACGUGAAGGAGGUCUUAAGUCAGAUGACUAGUUUGUGCUACUGAUGUAAAAUAAGGAUUCUUUACCUUUAACCUUUACCAGAGCUGUCCCUAGGAUCCAGGAGCUGAAAACUUUCUGCGGCUAUUAUGAAUGUGAGCCCCAGCUACUCUUAUAGGAAACAAAAAGAAAAUAGAACCAAGAGAAGCUCCGAACUGUACUAUUCCCCUCCUACUUAUUGCAUUUUGCCACUUUGAGGUCGCCCGGGAGAUCACGUCGAGAUGAUUGUCAGGGGCAUUGUGGGACUGUUUUGGGGGAUGCAUUUCGACAUGGUGGCAAAUUUGUCCCCCAAAACAGUCCCACAGUGCACUUUGACAACCAUUUCAACCUGGUCUCGUGCGACACCUCAAAGUGGUGAAUACUUGGGAACUUGAAAUUUUAGCAACAGUCCUGCUUUACGUGUACCCUUAAACAGACUGAAGCAUUUAAACUAAACUGGUUUAUGCGAUAGCAUCCGAUGCGAAUCCCCUCAAUAGUUGCCUACUCUCCCUCAGACCUCCUGCUUUCAUUUAUGCCUUCUGCACCUUCCCUGGGUUCACAUACCCUUGCACAUCUUCCUUCACCGUUUUUCAGAAAGUUGCAGUUUUGUCGUGUUUUCUGUUCCUUUUGCAGAUUUCUUCUUAUGGCUGACUUUGAUGCCUACCUUAAAUGUCAAGAGCGAGUCAGUGAGGCAUUUGAGGUAAGCAUAACAACAUUUUUUAAUACAUGCUUAUCAGUGUAAUAAUGAAAAUAGUUAGAAAUAAACAUUAUUAUUAAAGAGUAUCAUUAUUUUGCCGUACCAAAAUGCUUCUGUGGUUAUAAAUAAGCUUACAUUGUAUGUUGGAUUUGUUGACAUUGUAUUUUAAGUGAGGAAUGGUGCAUUGAUUUUCAAUUACCAGCGAACAAUCAGACUUCUAAUUCCUAGAUAUGAUACAGUAACAUACAGUAAGCAUUCUUUAUCUUGAGCCUAGGUUAUGGGAAAAGGUACUUUCUGUCGUGAGAUCUUUGAGAACUUAAAAUCUGUAAAUGUGAUGUAAGUUCAAUGGUAGAUUAUGGAUGUAGGGGCUGUUCUCUCUGCUCAUCUUCUUCAGCCCCAUAGAAUGCUUCUUAAAUAAUGGUGAUGAUGUUUUCUUCUAGGAUCCAGAUCACUGGUUCACCAUGGCUAUCUUAAAUGUGGCAUCCUCUGGCAAAUUCUCUAGUGACAGAACCAUCAGGCAGUAUGCAGAGGAGAUAUGGAAUGUCAAAGCUAUGGGUGUUAAUGAUGUGAAGCCUGUUAACAUUAAAUAA